AUGUCCAUUUGCCUUCAUGUCUCUCUCCUGAGCGGCCGGGCAGUGGAGAUAUGGGUGAAGCCUGGCUCUUCCAUCGUGGAGGUGAAACGUCGGGCGCAGCAGAUGCUGGGCGUUUCUGGCCUAUGCCGAUUGCUGAAGCAUGACGGAUCUAAGGCAGAGGGACUGGUUUGCGAUGGCCUAUCCCAUGGCGAUGCCUGGACCCUCCAACUGAGCUCCUUUCGCGUCCUCGCGAGCACCGCCUAUGCGUUUGCCGGCCUACGGGGCGAUGGCAGCCUGCUGCUGUGGGGCGUUGAAUGUCCAAGUGUUCUCCCAGGUGGUGAGGAUGCUGAGGAGCUGAAGGAUGUGCAAGACGUGACGGCCACGAGUGACGCAUUUGCCGCUGUCAUACAGGAUGGUUCGGUUGUCACUUGGGGCAGAGCUGACUGCGGUGGGGAUAGCUCUGCCGUCCAAGAGCAGCUGUGUGGCGUGAAGCAGAUCACAGGAACCAGGUGCAAUACGCUUUGUUAUUCGGGAGGGGUAAUCUCGGACACUGGAGCAUUUGCCGCCAUCCUCAGUGAUGGGUCUGUGGUCACUUGGGGUAGUGCAGAGUGCGGCGGUGACAGCAGCUCAGUCCAGCAUCAGCUGAAGGACGUGCAAGACAUUGCUGCCACAUCCAGUGCUUUCGCUGCGCGCUUGAAGGACGGUUCUGUGGUGAGCUGGGGACAGGGAGGUGUUUGGCAGGAGCAAGAUCCUCUUCGCCGUGUGAGGCACAUAGAAGGCUCUGAUGAUGCGUUUGCAGCAAUUCUGGAUGAUGACUCUGUAGUCACUUGGGGCAGUGGCCAUGGAGCGCAUAGCUGUCAUGUUGAGAGCCAACUGCGAGGUGUGCAAGAAAUCUCAGCGACCUGUGGAGCUUUUGCAGCCAUCCGGCAAGACGGAUUGGUUGUGACCUGGGGUGAUGCAGAGUGUGGUGGUGACAGUCGAGCUGUUCAGGCACAGCUAAUGUACAGGCUGUUGCAGCCACUAAGAGCAAAGGGAAACAUUGUGAACACGCAGAAAAAGGCGCAUUUGCCGCCAUCCUCAGUGAUGGGUCUGUGGUCACUUGGGGUAGUGCAAAGUGCGGCGGUGACAGCAGCUCAGUCCAGCAUCAGCUGA